ACUUAAGAGUGCUUUAUUAGGAUACAUGCAUUCAGAGAUAAUUUAAAGUAAUCACAAGUGAUACUCAAUCAAUUUGCUAACUUUUAACUAAAUCAAUAUGUCAAUUAUUUGAAACUAGGGAAUGUUCCUUCCCUGUACAACAAACAAGUCAGUAAAAUCUGAAGUGCGAGACUAAUCAUCUUAUAUGCCACUUGAUGUUAAUACAAAUGAUUUUAAAAAAUUUCAAUGUUUGUAGUAUUACAUAGGUUGUGUAUGUCCUUUUGAUACAAAAAACAAAAAAAACAAAGGACUGUUAUUAAUUCAAGUGUUGUGUAUAAGUUGUCCCUAAUCUUUCUAUAAUAAUGGAUGAGGCAGAAAUAUUUGCCUUUUGGAAGUUGAAGUUUGUUGCCCCAACCUUCUCAACUGCCAUAGCCAAUGCCCAAGCAGUAUCCAAAAUCUUAAUUGAAAUUUUAUAAUCAUGUUGGUUGCAUUUUACGGUGAAUUGAAAUUGUGUUCAGCUGGGACUUAUAUUAUUCCAUGGAUUUCUCAGAGCUCAUUUUGCUUCUGUUUACCUCACUUAUCAUUCUUAGAAGCUCAUAUUGUCUACUACUCAUACUUAAAAAUACCUGUUGAUUUCCAUUGUUGUCUACUCACUUAUCAUUCCGCAGCGGAGCAUUUCUUAUCUUGAACAAUAUGGCUCCAGCUUCAAUUUAACAUGCAUGUUAUAUAUUUCCCUUUGCGAUAUAUUUCCAUUUGUGAUCUCCAUCAACCAAUAUGAACAUACACAAUAACCGCGGCGAAGCGCGGGCUUGCACCUACCUGGCGUAGUUGUCUGGCUACAGUCGGAGACAUGGAAGAGAGACCGAAGAAGCUACUGAUCCUCUACGCAACUGAAACCGGAAACGCCUUAGACGCCGCUGAGAGAAUAUGCCGCGAAGCCGAGCGCAGAGGCUGCUCUGUCCACCUCCUCUCCGUCGACCAAUACGACGCCAGUUGCUUGCCUCAGGAGGGCGCUGUAAUUUUCGUUGUUUCAACCACAGGACAGGGUGACACUCCCAAUUCCAUGAAGGGAUUCUGGAAGUAUCUAUUGCAAAGAAAUCUAAGUAGGCAAUGGCUGGAGGGGCUUAACUAUGCUGUUUUCGGAUUGGGUGAUUCUGGUUACCAAAAGUUCAAUUUUGUUGCAAAGAAGCUAGACAGAAGGCUUUUGGAUCUCGGGGCGAGCGCUUUUGUGGAAAGGGGUCUAGGAGAUGAUCAGCACCCAUCGGGAUAUGAAGCUGCUCUGGAUCCUUGGAUGGCAUCUUUGUGGAAAAUGUUGAAUACAAUCAGUUCCAGCUUCUUCCCAAGUGGCCCAGAUUUUUUGAUUCCAUAUGAGGAUUUGAUGGCUCAACCGAAAAUUCGGGUUGUGUAUCAUGACAUUGACAAUGUGGACUCACCACAACCAACUGGUUCAGACUUGAAUCACAUUGAGUUGCAGAUUGAAAGGACUCGGAAAAUGUCUGAUGUAAAUUAUUCUCCUGACAAGAAUAGGCCUGACUGCAUUCUUAAACUGGUCAAAAAUCAACCAUUGACUAAAUCAAGUAGUAAAGAUAAAGAGGUGCAUCACUUCGAAUUUGAGUUUGUUUCAUCUGCUAUUGAAUAUGAAGUCGGUGACGUCCUUGAGAUUCUGCCUAGUCAAAAUCCGGCUGCAGUAGAUGCUUUCCUACUACGUUGUAAUUUGGACCCUGAAUCAUUUAUCACUGUCCAUCCUUUUGAUAUGGAGAAUCAGCUUCUUAAUAAUCCUGUUCCUGUCAAAUUAAAAACUUUUGUUGAGUUGACAAUGGAUGUUGCAUCAGCUUCCCCUAGACGCUACUUCUUUGAGGUUAUGAGUAUGUUUGCAACAGCUGAGCAUGAAAAGGAAAGACUUCAAUAUUUUGUGUCACCUGAAGGAAGAGAUGACCUAUAUCAAUACAAUCAGAGAGAACGGAGGACUGUUCUGGAGGUAUUGGAGGAUUUUCCCUCUGUUCAAAUGCCUUUUGAAUGGCUGGUUCAGUUGGUUCCUCCUUUGAAAACGAGGGCUUUCUCCAUCUCUUCCUCCCCUACUGUUCACCCUAAUCAAGUGCACUUAACAGUGAGUGUGGUAUUAUGGACAACACCUUUUAAAAGAAAUCGAGCAGGUCUUUGCUCAAAUUGGCUGGCCAAGCUUGAUCCUGAACAAGGAGUUCAUGUUCCAGUGUGGUUCCAAAAAGGCUCCCUCCGUCCCCCACCACCAUCACUCCCUCUUAUUCUCAUUGGACCUGGAACUGGAUGUGCACCCUUUCGUGGAUUCAUUGAGGAAAGAGCCAUACAAAGUUUGACUGGUUUCACUGCUCCAGUCAUAUUCUUCUUUGGAUGCAGAAAUGAGGACAAUGAUUUCUUGUAUAGAGAAUUUUGGUUAUCUCAUUCACAAAACGACGGGGUACUUUCAGAAGCAAAGGGUGGAGGCUUUUAUGUUGCCUUUUCAAGAGACAAGCCACAGAAAGUCUAUGUGCAGCAUAAGAUGCACGAACAUAGUCACAGGGUGUGGAAUUUUCUGAGUGAGGGAGCUGCAAUCUAUGUAGCCGGGUCUUCGACGAAAAUGCCAUCAGAUGUAUUACUAGCAUUCGAGGAAAUUAUCUCCAAAGAAAGUGGGAUUCCACAGGAAUCUGCAGUCAGAUGGCUUAGGGCUCUGGAGAAGGCCGGAAAAUACCAUGUGGAAGCAUGGAGUUGAAUGUUGAUUGUAUUAAGACUGAAUAUUUUUUUAAGGAAUAUGAGAGUGAAGCACUAGAGGUUGAAAUUUCAUGGAACUUGGUGUUUUAUACGUAACAGAGUCAAUUUGAGACAGCGGAGCUCUGCUGCGCAUUGGCAAAGUGAUCAUAGGCUAGUCCCGGCAAGUUGAUCUCAUUUCGUUUCAAUUCUUCCGUUGGCCUUUUCUGUCGAUAGAAAAGGAAUCAAUUAUUCUGAUUCAUUGGUAGUUGUCACCCUCAAAGAUGAUAGAUACUUGUAUUUGUAAAAGGAAAAAUACGUUAUUGAGAAUCUCAGUUCCUCAUUUGGAAUGUCAUUGUGAUGAA